GCAGAGCACAAACCUCACCAUCUCAUCCUUGUCCAGCCACCGCCAUGACAUCUCUGCUGCUGCUGCUGCUGCCGCUCUUUGCACUUCUUCUGAGCCCAGGGGAGCCGUUCCCGGACCCCCAUCACAAGCCACCCAGGAGGGAGCAUGAAGAGCAUGCAUCCCAUGAGGAGCCCUGCCAUUUCCCAUUCCGCUAUGAGCGCAUAAUGCACCAUUCCUGCAUCCAGAGUAGAGCUCGUCAUCAGCCCUGGUGUGCUACCACAGAGAACUACGACCGAGAUGACAAAUGGAGGUACUGUGGCAAACAGGAGAGGCGAAUAGGACACUGUGUCCCUAACCCAUGCCAGAAUGGUGGUGCCUGUGAAGCCUGGCGAACUGGGUUCCAUUGCAUCUGUACAGCUGGUUUCCAUGGGAGACACUGCGAGAAAGAAGGCUGCUUUGGAGCACGAAGACAGCUACACAUUGGCAGGAAGGACACCUGGCUGCGCUACCAUCCGCCGACCGGACUGGAGGAGUGCCAUUGCAGUAGAAAGAAGAUGCUCUGCAAGCACAUUCAUGGAAAGGCAUGCACAACCAAUCCCUGCUUGAAUGGAGGUCAUUGCACAGAGCUGAAGCAUAGCAAGGUCUGCGGCUGUCCUGAAGGGUUUUCUGGGCCACUGUGUGACAUAGGUCACAAUCAGACCUGCUACAUUGGAAACGGGCAUCUGUACCGAGGCAUGGCCCAGAGCAGUCUCUCAGGGACACCCUGCCUGCCCUGGGACUCCCCGUUCCUGCAUAAGGAGUACUCCAUCAAUUCCACCAAUGCAGCCAGCCUGGGUCUGGGGACACACAGCUUCUGCAGAAACCCAGAUAACGACAGCCAGCCGUGGUGUUUUGUGGUAAAAGAGCAGCAGUUCACCUGGGAAUUCUGCAACGUCACCCGCUGUCAUCUCGAGACUGCAGGUGACAUGGCAGGAACGGUUCUACGGCCAGAUCUGGAGUUGAAGCCAGCGAACUCAGACCUGACUGUUUCCAGUGUCCAGGUGUCCCGUGUGCCUGAGGCUGCCUCCGCUCCAUUGUGUGGUCAGCGUUAUCCAAAGGUCACCUCCUCCACCGCCCGUCUUGUGGGGGGCAUGGUGGCACUGCCCGCUUCCCAUCCCUACAUGGCUGCCAUAUACAUCGGGGAUCAGUUCUGUGGAGGGAGCCUCGUCACCUCCUGCUCAAUCCUGACCGCUGCACAUUGCUUUGAGCAGAGGCCAGCUGUGACCAGCAUUUCAGUGGUGCUGGGCCAGAACAAAUACAAGUCCGAACCUGAAGACUCCCUGAAGCUCCAAGUUCAGGAGUAUCUAAUGCAUGAGAACUAUUCUGAGGCCACCAAGCAGCAUGACAUUGCACUGGUGCGGUUGAAGGAGAAGGUGUCGAGGCACUGUACUGACUUUUCGCGCACCAUUUCGCCUGUUUGCCUGCCCGAACCCAAGGAGACGACGCCUGACACUAGCAAGAACUGCAAGGUCGCAGGAUGGGGGCAUACGAUGGAAGGAGCUGAUAACCUUGCCACGAAUUUGCAGGAAGCAGAUAUACCUAUCCUUCCUCAGGAGCAGUGCCGUUCCCAAAAUGUACAUGGGAACCGCAUCAUGGAAGGCAUGCUUUGUGCCGGAUACAUGCAUGGGAUGUCUGAUGCGUGUCAGGGAGAUUCUGGUGGGCCCCUGGUGUGUGAGGAGCAAGGCCAGACCAUCCUCCGUGGCAUUGUCAGCUGGGGCACAGGCUGUGCACAGGUGAACAAGCCUGGGGUCUACACCAAAGUUGCUCAGUACCUCGACUGGAUCAAAACCAAGAUUUAUUAGCAAGCCUGGGAGUCCAGUUCCUCUACAACCAAAUUCAAAACCUGUGCAGGUGUCUUCUCUGGUUUGUGUGUGUUAUUUUCUACAGCUGUUAUCGACCCUCUCUUCUUUGCAUGCAUGCCAUUCCGCUAGACUAGACAAUGAGUACUUCAGAGUAAAAAAACAAAACAAAACAAAGCAAAUUUAAAAACAAACCCUAACCGAAUUGUGUGCAUUGUCUACCAUAAAAUAAACCAAACGUCAAGCAAUUUAA